AUGUCAACGUAGGCAUUUCUUAAAAGACAAACAGUAUCAUCUUUUGAUCGAGGACGGUCGCAUACAAAUAUCUCAAGUAAGAAAACAUUCUCACUAAAAGAGUCAGUAAACUUUCAAUAAUCAAAGUACAUCCUCGACCUGCUGUUCCAAAAUCUAGUAUUUUGGAAAACUGAACAAAAUAAUCUCGUUGCAUUUGGAAUCAAAUAUAAUAAAACACUUAAAUGGUUUCAUGCUGAGAAAACUGAUUUAGAAGCCUUGUAUAGAGAAUUGCAUACUCGUAUAUUCUUUGGAAAUAUAUCCUCAAUAUAUGAGAGUCAGGAAGUGAUUGGUGCUGGAGCAUCAUGCAAAGUGUAUAAAGUUGUUAACAAGAUUACACGUUAUGAGUUUGCUUCAAAGUGCAUCAGAAAAGAUUAUAUAUUUAACAAAAAGAAUCAAGAAAGAUAUAAUCGGCUGAUCUUGGAAAUAGAAUUAAUGAAGUUAGUCGAUCAUAAUUCAAUAGUGAAAAUGGUUGACCUUUAUGAAGGCGAGAAAUCUUACUACAUAAUUAUGGAAUUACUAAAAGGAGAAACGUUGUACUAAUUUAGCAAAAAAACAUAAUUGAACCUUCUUUAAAUAAAGUUAAUCAUGAGCAAUUGCUUGAAAGGACUAUGCUAUUUGAAUUUUCAUAAUAUCAUUCAUAGAGAUUUGAAAUUAGAAAACUUAGUGCUUUUAGAACCAAAUAAAGUUGAAACAGUUAAAAUUAUAGAUUUUGGAUUAGCAAUUCCAUUGUCAACACCUCAACGUUAGAUAUGUGGAACUCCUGGUUACAUUGCACCAGAAAUGUUCAUUGAUAAAUAUCCAUACACUGCAAAGGUUGAUAUGUUUAGUUUGGGUGUCAUCUUUUAUAGGCUGCUGAGUAGAAAAUCUUUGUUUAGUGGAAAUAACAGUGAUGAAAUACUUGAGAACAACAAGAAGUUUAGGUGCAACAAUCAUCUCAAGGACUGUUCUAAUGAGAUUUCAGAUUUGUUGAAAUAAAUGUUGUAAAAAGAUCCCAACAAAAGGAUUUCUCCAGAGUAAGCUCUUCGACAUCCCUUCUUUGAUGACACUAUUUCAGGAGACUUAGGUGUGGCAGAUGAAAGUCCCCAUGAAAUUGUCAGAGCAUUCCCACUCAUCAAACCUAUGUAGAUCACCAACUCGAAUGAGAACAUCUCAGAUAACAAGAUUCAAGUAAUCAGGGGAAGUCAACCGAGUUUUGAGUAGAGUAUAGGAUCAAAUUACUCUCCUUCGUUUGAUGAUAUUAAUAAAAAAUCAAGGAAUGGGAGCGAUCACAUUAUUGAAUGA